CGUGUAGAAUGAAGUGGUUUCCAUCUUUAUACAAAGACGAAUUGCGUCACAGCUUGCUAAUGCUAGCUGACCCGGAAAUGUUGAGCCUGGACUUAGAACUUUUGAAUUAAGGAGGGUUGAUUACAAACAUUUGCCCCUCUCCCCCGUUCAUCAAUCACCAUGAACUAUUUUGGAGACGAAGACAACACUUUUCCAGUGGACGCCUGCUUGUUCGCGGAUACAUUUUCUCAAGACACUGUUUAUAAGUUAAUGGGCCAAGAUGUGACGAUCAAACAGUAUUUUGGUGCAAACCUCGGCGUGGCUGCUCCAGUGUGGGAAGCAGCGUUACAAUUGUGUCGAUACUUCGAGGAGCAUCAUAUGGAGUGGAGUGGGAAACGUGUCAUCGAGCUGGGAGCGGGGACUGGUGUUGUUGGGAUUGGGGCUGCUCGUCUAGGUGCAGACGUGACCCUCACAGACCUUCCAGUGACUCUUCCGUCGCUGGAAGCCAACAUCUGUGCCAACAUGCCAUCCAGUGGUUGGCCUUCUUGCCCUCCAGCUGUCCUCCCUCUAUCCUGGGGUGAGGACCACAAGAAGUUCUCCUCAGACUGGGACCUGGUGCUGGGCGCAGAUAUCAUUUACCUUCCAGAGACGUAUCCACUGUUAAUGGAGACGUUGGUUCAUCUGUGCAAGAGUAAAGCAGAGCUUUAUCUUUCAUCCAAGAUGCGAAAAGAGCACGAGGCUCCGAGGUUCUUUGAAGAACUUCUGCCAUUGAGGUUUAAUGCACAACUUGUGCACCGUGAUGACAAUCAGAACAUUAAUAUUUAUAGAGCAUCUCUAAAAAAGACCAGUAGUUGAAGGAAUCAGUUUCACGUCUUAUUAUGUGUUUAUGUUUCUUAUGUUCUUAUUCUUUCAUUUGUUUUAUUUCUUUUCUUGGGAGAAUGAACAGAAUAAGAUUUUCAUUGCAUGGUAUAACUGCUGUUUUACUAUGCACAUGAUUGGUUUUAUUCAAGGUUUUUGUCUUUCCCGAACCUUUUGAAAUCAAUUUUAACAGAAGAAAAAGCAUUUUGACAUUCUAUUGAGUGUUAAUGUUUACAUCGGGCCAAUUCUACUGCAUGAGACGCGCCCACGGCUUCAGUUUAAAACUGGGGAGCAACGUACUUUUUUGCAGCAGAUUCCUAAAAACAGCAGGGCAUUCCUAUCAUACAAAUCAUCUUUGUCUCGCUUCUGUUUUACUUUUACAUUUCAAUUUAAAAUAUGACAGAGCCGCCGUGCAUUGACACUUUAUACCAAAUAAGAAUAAUUAAUAGUGAAGGAAAAACCUGCCCCUCCACCACCCAGCUUUCUGAAAAUGUGGUUGCUAGAAUUAUUUAGUUGAAUAGCCGCGGUUUACAUGACCCACUUGACAAUCAAUGAAAAUAGAUCAAGAUCAAGAGUUUUUAUUGUCAUAUGCAUAGUAAAACAGGCAGUUAUACUAUGCAAUGAAAUUCUAUUAAUAAUCUUCAUGAUGAAGGCCAUUAUUGUAGUUGUAUCACUACAUAUUUAUUAAUUAUAAUAUAAUUGUGAUAUGAUUAGGGAUGGGUAUUGGACUAAGUGCUUUUGAUUUACUAUUAUACUACUUACUUAUUUUUGGAGAGAAUGUCUGAAUAUCUGUGAGUGUUCUGAACACCUGUUUCCAAGCUAAUGUCUUAUUGAGCUGCCUGGAGGAGUUGUGCUGUCGGUAUGCUCUUCCUCAGACCACAAACUAGUUGAGAUUGAAUGAACAGUGCCUCUGCUGGCUGCAGCCAAAUAGUGCAUUCCAUUUUUCCUCAAUCGCUUCAACGGGAUCAAUUCCACACAGAUUUAUUACACCCAUGCUUAAUUAAGAUGCCUGUUUCAGUCUCAAUGUAGAGCUUUUUUAUGACAGAUUUAUAAAAUAUUGUGGUACUGUACUUGUUGUAGAUGUUUAAAAAAAAGCAUUUUUUGCACCUCUUUUCAUUUUCUUUGCAUGUAAAAAUGCAAUUGCAUGCCCGGAAGUGACAGAAAUGACAACUUCUAUUAAAUAAAAAUCAAGCAAUUAUGACAAUAAUGUAUAUAUAUUGAUGAAUGUUUGUCUU